UUGUUUCAAAGAAGAGUAUGCACAAAAACUUACUUAGGGACAACAUUUACUGAACAAAACUUAGCAAAAAUAUGUUGCAAAAUUGAACAAAACACCUUAGCUCAGUCCUAUUUCUCCAAAAGACAGAAAAGGAAAACAUCGAAAAAAUGUCCGCCAGGGCCAAUAGGACGACCGGGACAGCCAGGCCUAGACGGUAUUGAUGGUAUUCCUGGAAUACCGGGCACCAGUGGACAAAACGGCGAGGAUUAUCAGUAUCGUUAUAAAUGCAAACUGUGCGAAAGAGGGCCGAAGGGACCAAAAGGCAAGAUUGGGUCACAGGGAAGUGCUGGUGUUAAAGGACGACCAGGACGGCCUGGUCAGCCAGGCAUACAAGGCCCGGAAGGACCAAGAGGGCCAAGAGGAAAAAAAGGAGAACCAGGUGACCGUGGAGCUCCGGGCAGUCAUGGCAGAGACUCGGUUCAAACGAUCCACCUUCCAGGUCGGAAAGGUAUCCCUGGAGAGCCUGGCUCGCGCGGUAAACGUGGCCGAAAAGGACUGACUGGACCUGUAGGCGAGCCAGGACCCCCGGGGCGCCAAGGACCACCUGGAAUUCAAGGAAUCCAUGGUAAAGAUGGCUGGCCAGGUCCUCAAGGGGAUCGCGGUUCAGCUGGUUUCGAUGCGCUAUACUGCCCCUGCCCAGCAAGAACGUUUGACCUAAAAUACAGGGAAAGGCAACUCUAA